AUGGCAGCACGCAAUCGCAACAAUCGUUGGAGCAAGGCCGAGGAGGAUCGGCUCUUGAACUUGUGGGCGAAAGAAAAGAAAGACGUUACGUACUCGGAGUUUGCUGAGCGGUCCCAGUCCAAAUUUCCUACCCGGUCCCAAAGAGCCAUUGCAGGCAAGCUGGGCAAGAUUUUCACUGAUACAGGGUGGGAAAAAGCUCGGCGUACCCUUAAAGGCAAAAUGCUGGAGAAAUAUUAUAAGGUUCGGCGACAGAAGGUACCACUCACUUCUGCUUCUUGUACUGGCUUUCGCCGUACUCGUGCUCAAACUCGUGCUUCUGCUGCGCCAGAUGCAGAGGAUGAGACGGAGGACGAGACGGAGGACGAGACAGAAGAUGAGGCGGAGAAUACGGCGGACAACGGGACGGAGAAUAAUAUCGAGGAAGAUAUGCAGAAUGUCGCGCAUGAUGCAGAGCCUACGUUGGAGCCUCCUUCGGAGUCUGCGUCAGAAUUUCGCUCGGAGCCGGCUUCGGAGAGUCCUCUUCAACUUCUCCCUGCUCCAGCUUCUGAACAAAGCAGUCCCCGCACCUUCACUCGCUCCACAACCCUUCCUGGAAGAAGCCGUGAGACGACCAAUAACGGCCGGCGUCUUCGUCAGAACAGACGCCGUGCAGUUGACCCACUGUAUGCUCAGUCCACCUCAAGCAGUACGCCCGAUGGGGAGGUCGCACCAGAUGUGGAAGUGGAGGCACUCCAGGAGAGUCAAGCCCCAGCGUAUCCGCAGCAAAGGCAGCCUCUAUCCGAUAUCAGCACCUCAUCGAGCUUCAACGAGACCGCAGUACCACGACACGAGACUGGAACCACUGUAAAAACACCUAGCCGGCUCUCCGCAGCUCGACAGACCACAUCAGUACGUGCUGCAGCGACCGGGCUUUUUCCAACCCUUCUCUCGAAGGUUACCAGUGUGUUUGGCAGAUCUCUCGCCCAUACAGGAGACCCGCACCCGGACCAGGAGAACAUUUCUCCCCGCCCCGCCUCUUCGCAAUCUCCUGUUCAGCCUGAACCUGAUCUUCAAACUCCUGCCUCAACCGAACCCCCAGAGGACGCCGAGAAUCUCCCAGACGCUCCCGGCCCCAUCCCGGGUGAGAUCCGCCAGCGCUCGACCGACCUCGCUAUCAAGCUCGAGGAGCUCCAAACUGAUAUUUCCCACAUACCGACUUACGCAACCAAAGCCGACCUUCUCUGGGAGACCAAGAAAUUAGAUUCGAAAAUCGAGCACGUGAAGACGUUUCAUAGUAUUCGACAGGACAAGUUAACGGAAUUCGUCCUAGAAGAGGUAGGAAGGCCACGCGAAUGCUCAAGCAACGAGGAAAAAAUGCGCGAGUUUGCCGAUAAGAUCGAACAUUUCGAGAAAAUACUUGGAGCUUUGGUGGAGGGGAAUACAAACAAGGCGAAAGAGAGAUUGCAUAAGGUAACGAAGAAAUACAAGAACUGA